GCCAAAUUAUUAGCCCAAACGGCCAUUAACCCAUUUCAGACUAGCCCAAGUGAUCAAGCCCAUUAUCCAUUAAAAACAGAUCAGUCCACCUUUCACCCGUCCAGCCCACAUCUAUUACCCGAUCGACCCAUUUAUUUUUCUUAAUCAGUUGAAACUUCAUCUACCCUAAUCAACACACAAACACAAACACACGACGACACUUCAUCUUCUCCCUUCAAUUUUCAGAUGCCUGCUCCGCCCCUUUCGCCCCCACAGACUCUGCCAUCCCAUUCUCGUGCAACACUUCCCUUUCCUCUGCAUCUCUUCUUCACCCCUCUGCUCAGCCUUUCUCUCUACCUUUCCUCUCCCCUCCUUUUCCAGCAAAGAACCAAAGCAUCUUUAACCAUAAACAGACCUCGCAUGGCUAAAUCGGGAGGGAUCAUUAAUGGGUUGUCACGGGUUCAAUAUUGAAGAAAGGUUUUCAUCCUUUUUCUUGUCUUUUUGUGUUUUGUUUCAAUCCAAACUUUAAUGAAUUUCUUGUCUGUUGUAAGUCUGAAUCUCGCCUUAUCAGCUUUUGUUUUUGAUUCUUCAAGUACAAGUUUUAUUGGAGCUUUGUCUCCUUCUUCUGUUGUUUCUGAUCAGAAUAAGCCCCCCUAACGUUCUGAUUUUUGAAACAAUUUGAUUUCAAAUCCCGCCCAAUUUCGAACCUAGAAAACCCUAACCUUUUCCUGUAAAUGGCCUCUAAGUUCUCAGCCGAAAAAAGGGGGAUUGGAUACGCGAGCAUUUUCUGUCACAGAGUCUCGAGUCUUUUUUUUAUCUGGUCUUGAACUUUAAAAAUCAGAAAAACACUUUUUGUUGAACUAUGAGAAUUGUGACGAAAGAUUAAACUCUUGACGAUUCGUUUAACUUUCGUCGCUGUUCGGCGAAAGAAUUCCAACUACGACAGAGAUACUUUAAUUUUGACUCGAAUCUCGAAUCUGUCAAUACGAGAGAGUAGAUUCGACACUCCCGCACCCGUUCACUGCACCAUUAAAAGGAACAUGAAUAAUCUAGAGCGUGAUUGGAUGUACGAUAGGUUGGAUGGCCGAGGGGGUAUAAACUCUAGCUUUGUAACCGGUGUAGAUAAUUUUAUCCAUUUUGCACUUUCUCAACGAAAUUACAUGAGCGGUAACAAGGUUAGAUGUCCAUGUAAAAAAUGUCACAACAUUAAAUACAUGGAUGUUGAAAUCGUUAAAUAUCACCUUUUUAAUUUUGGAUUUGUUGAGGACUAUUUUGUUUGGGAGUAUCAAGGGGAAAAAGAUGUGAUCGGUGAGAUAGCUUCUGGUAAUGAUUUGGACGGUGGUUCUCAACCUGAAUCGGGAUUCGAUAAUCCAUACCGACAAAUGGUCUUGGAUGCAGCUGGUCUUGGAUACUACAACCGUACCUUUAUAUAAUAACAUCUCACGUGAAGCCCAAACAAUGGUCCUAGUUGAUCAUCCCAAUGUUCUUAAAUCACACUGCUCCUUUGUUAGUGAUCACAAUCUAUGGGUUAUCAUGCCUUGUAUGGCUGGAGGUUCCUGUCUCCACAUUCUGAAGGCUGCUCAUCCAGAUGGCUUUGAAGAGACUGUUAUUGCAACAGUAUUACGAGAAGCUUUAAAGGGUUUGGAAUAUCUUCAUCAUCAUGGAUUCAUCCAUCGUGCAUUGCUAUCUAAGAUGAUCCAUGUCAAUAUGUGGGGAAUUCUGAUUCUUUCCAUUCUUCACCGUGCUAUUUGACCACCAGUUGGCUUCUGAAAUUGCAAAAGAUAACUGGUGGGGUAUUUCUCUGAACAGUUGAUUUGCUUUGGUUUCUUCAGAGUUGCGACAUUUAUUUUGAGACAAGUAAAACAUUAUCAGCAUCAAAAGCCAAUCUGUGAACUUUAAAUCAGCCUGCUUGAAUGAUUGAAAGAGUAAAUUUUCAAUAGCAUUCCUAAUUUAUUAUUGGAAAUGUUUCUUUGAAUUAAGCUAUUAAAAUUUGUACCUGGCUUGAUCUGUGUGUGGUUCUGUACCAACUAUAAGUAUUAGUAUGUUACUGAUCUAUGAUGCUACAAGCUCUCGUAAUUCUUGAUGAGUGUAGCUUUUACUUCCCUGUAAUUCUGAAAUUAUUUGCCUCUCUUUUAUAUACACGCACUAUAUUUCUUAUUAGCUAUUCAUUUGAAUGAACAAUCAAAAGCCAAGUUAAUUGGUCCUUGCAAGUUCCGGGCUUGCAGCAGACAAGUUCGAUACUAAUAUUAGAACUGUUUAAGUACAGCAGUUGUGUUUGCCAUUAUCUCUGCCUAAAAGGGAUGGAGGCUGUAUAUUUUUAGUAGUAAUGUCAAGGGGGAAAAGUUCACCAUUUAUUAUGAUGUUGUUCGUAAGCUGAUGGUUUAGAAACGGAGGAAAUCUAUUUGGAUGAGCGCACACAUAUUGACUUUGCUAUUAUUUUCCCAUGAAUGACAUAUGCGUGUUGAAGUUCUUUCUAAAUGAGAUUGGCAUGAUUUCUUGUUUGCAGCACCCGAAUCUUGUUAAUCUGCAUGGCUGCUGCAUUGAAGGGACUGAAUUACUGCUCGUAUAUGAAUACUUGGAAAAUAAUAGCCUUGCUCGCGCAUUAUUUAAUUCAGAGAAAAGUCAAUUGAUACUUGAUUGGCCGACAAGGGUCAAGAUUUGUGUUGGGAUUGCUAAAGGUCUGGCUUACCUUCAUGAGGAAUCAAGCCUUAGAAUUGUACACAGAGACAUUAAAGCUACUAAUGUACUGCUAGAUAGAGAUCUAAAUCCCAAAAUUUCGGACUUCGGGCUAGCUAGACUUACUGGAGAUGAUAAUACCCAUAUUAGCACUCGAGUUGCUGGAACAAUAGGAUACAUGACACCCGAGUAUGUGCUAUGGGGUUAUUUGACCUACAAAGCAGAUGUCUACAGCUUCGGAAUUGAGAAGGCACGCAGAGUGAUUUCUUCACCAUCACAUCAUCCAAAUACCCCUAUCAACAAACCAUCAGUUGUGACACCCAUAGUGCCUCCUCCUACUACUGCUAACGUUGACGAUGUUGAUCCUUUAGUUUCUGAUGAUGAUCGUAGUCCUUCACCCAUGCAUUAGUUUUUUAUGUUAUCUGCUUUUUGUUGGAAAGAACAAACUUAUGCACUAACAAUACUUGAUGGAUGUGUGGGUUCUUUUGGUAGUUGAUAGCUUGGUGUUGUCGGUGUUUUGGACUUAACGAUUGGGAUUUCGCUAUCUAUUUUGAACUUUUUUUAUAAAUAUUAUUUUAUGUGAA